UUUGUUGACUUGUAAUUGUGAAUUGUAGUUGGAUUUGCGGAUAUGUAGUUGCGGCUCUGUAGCUGUUCAGUACAAGAACUACAAGGUAUUUACAGCUUUGUAGCUGUUCCAGUAAAGAUGAGUUGUGUUGUUGUAAUGAUUCUGAUAAUCCAUGUCGUUUUUUUGUUUGCAGAUUCUUGAUUCAUAAUCUUCAAACUUCUUGUCCGUGCCUACCUUGUUCUUUGACUUGUGUAAGAUAUUAUUUCUUUACCAGUUUGUUAUACACUUUGUGUCUGAUGUGAGUGUCUGAUCAUUAAAGUUAUUAUGAUAAUGUAUGUAUAAAUUGGUGGUGGAGAUUGGGUCGUAUUGGUCUAAUAUGAACAAGGCAUGGGCUUGGCUUCCAAGGUAUGCAUCUCUCAGUUAUUAUCAUAGGUUGUUUCAUUUAAGUGAUUCUGAACUUUGAUUUUUUUCUUAAAUUAUUAUAUUAGGAAUAGCCUUGAGUAUGAGACUGGAGCAAAGAAUUUUGUGUAUGGAGCAUCAAGUAUUAUGGGUAAUCCUGCAGAGAUUCUCUGUCCAUGUGUCGAUUGUCGGAAUGUUUGCCAUCAGCUACUAGAUACUGUAGUGGAUCAUCUUGUGAUGAGAGGUAUGGAUUUGAAGUAGAAGAGGAAUCCAUGUUGGUUUAAUCAUGGGGACAGGAGAGAGAGAACAUCUGCAGAUGUUCUAACUUCAGAGGAAGAGGCUUAUGACUUGAUAAGGACAGCAUAUUUUGAGUCUGAAGUUGGUGAUGAACAUCCAUCUGAGGCGUAUACUACAGAAGAAGCAGAGUUUAGGGAAAAGUUAGAGGAUGCUGAAACUGCACUAUACUCAACGUGUCACAAGUAUAACAAGGUUUCUGCAAUAACGGUUCUUUACAACAUCAAAGUGAAGAGUGGGAUGUCAGAGAACUUCUUUGAUCAGCUAUUGACGACAAUUAAAGACAUGUUGCCAGAAGAUAAUGUGCUUCCAAAGUCCACUGCUGAGAUGAAAAAGUUCUUGAAGGUUUUUGGGUUUGGUUACGAUGUCAUACACGCAUGCAAGAACGACUGUAUACUGUAUCGGAAACAGUAUGCUCAGAUGGAAAGCUGCCCUAGAUGUACUGCAUCAAGAUGGGAAAUGGAUAAACACAGUGGUGAGGAAAAGAAAGGCAUUCCUGCAAAGGUCCUUCGGUAUUUUCCUAUCAAAGACAGAUUGAAGAGGAUGUUUAGAUCAAAAAGAAAGGCUGAGGAUUUGCGUUGGCAUUCCAACAAUGGUAGUGAAGAUGGUGUAAUGCGACAUCCGGUGGACUCUAUUACCUGGUCACGUGUGAAUAAUAAGUGGCCAGAGUUUGCUGCAGAACCAAGAAACCUUCGACUCGGUCUUUCUACAGAUGGAGUGAACCCCUUUUUGAUGCAGAACACCAAAUAUAGUGUAUGGCCAGUCUUAUUAGUGAACUAUAACAUGCCUCCAACAAUGUGUAUGAAGUCCGAGAACAUCAUGUUGAGUUUGUUGAUCCCUGGUCCAACUGCACCAAGCAACAACAUCGAUGUUUAUUUAGCACCGCUGAUAGAUGAUUUGAUUGAUUUAUGGAAUGAAGGUAUUGAGGUUUAUGACUCAUUUGUGGAAGAGAAAUUUACACUAAGGGCUAUGUUGUUGUGGAGUAUCAGUGACUAUCCAGCAUUGGGGACAUUGUCUGGAUGUAAAGUUAAGGGGAAACAAGCCUGUAACGUUUGUGGGAAGGACACACCAAGUAGGUGGUUGAAGUUUAGUAGCAAAUAUGUGUAUAUGCGCAAUAGGAAACGACUCAGGGCUGGACAUCCGUAUAGGCGCAAAAAAUUAUGGUUCGACAACACUGUUGAGAAUGGGACAGCAAAUAGAAUUCAAACUGGGGCAGAGAUUGCUGAGAUACUAAAAGAUUUCAGAAAUAAUUUUGGAAAACCUUUGGAUAAGAAGCGUAAGCGGAAAAGGUCUGCCUUGUGCCGAGGUGAGGUUAUUGAAGAGGAAGAGUAUGAUGAAGACAGUGAUCAAUGGAGGUGGAAGAAAAGGUCCAUAUUAUUCACUUUACCUUACUGGAAGGAUUUGCCGGUUCGUCACAACAUUGAUGUCAUGCAUGUGGAGAAGAAUGUGUCUGACGCUAUGUUGUCCACUCUGAUGCAAAAUUCUAAAUCUAAAGAUGGAUUGAAGUCAAGAAAAGACUUGGAAGAUAUGGGAAUACGAAGGCACUUGCAUACAGAACCUAGGGGAAAGAAAACUUACUUGCCUCCUGCAGCUUAUUGGAUGUCAAAGGAAGAGAAAAGAAGAUUUUGCCUUAGGUUAUCUAAGUUGAGAGGACCUGAUGGAUAUUGUGCGAAUAUCGCAAAUUGUGUGACAGUGAACCCUCCUGGUAUUGGUAAUCUCAAAUCGCAUGAUCAUCAUGUGCUAAUGCAAAAUCUGUUUCCUGUGGCUUUGAGAGGUUUGCUGCCAAAAGGGCCUAGGAUAACUGUGACUCGAGUAUGCAACUUCUUCCACCGAUUAUGCCAGCGUACAAUAGACACAGAGAUGUUUACAUCAUUGGAGACUGAGAUUGUGGAGACAAUGUGCCAAAUGGAGCGUUUCUUUCCACCAUCACUAUUUGACAUCAUGUUCCAUCUUCCUCUACAUCUAGCAAGAGAGGCGCGUUUAGGUGGACCGGUACACUUUCGUUGGAUGUAUCCAUUUGAGAGGUACAAUGUAAGUAUACUAGUUUCUAUAUAUGAGGCUAUUAUAAGAAACGCAUUUAACUAACAUUUCCUUAUCUUAUUGUUAGAAAAAAU